UACAAUGUUCUUUGUCGCCUAAAUUCCGGCAACAGGACUGAAUGGUUUAAAAUAACCACAAAACAUUGUACUUAAACUGCUGGAAUAAAUAAUUUAAAGUUCCGUGUCACUAAUUCGUGAUCUGUAAGACUUACACAUUGCUCUUGAAUGUGUUGUAUAUAUUCGACAAAUAUAUCUUACUUUUAUGAACAGUUGUACUUAUAUCGGUAGCGAAGAUGAUGAAAAUGUUUAAGAAGAAAGAACGCAAAAGCGAUGAUGCCAUUAAAAUGCCACUCGACUCAUCGGCUUACAUUGAUGUAGCUUCAUUGGGAUUAGUAGAAGGGGUAGGACCCGAUUUAUUACCAGAUUACCGCAGUAGUGGAAUAAGCAUAACAGAAUUCAUUACGAAAUGGGCGAAGCUGUACCCACUGGAAGAAGAAGUUGAUGUGGUGGUUAAGAAAAUAGAUGAACUGCGGAAGUUACUUUGGGAUAUGCCAAUGUACAAACCUGAAAACCAUAAAUCUUCGCAAGGACGUAAAUGGUACAAGCUUUGGAAUGUAGAUCCUGUAGAAGAUAUUAUGCUUAAUGAAUUGUAUUGGUGUAAUGAUUUAGUGCUCUUCCGUUACUUGAGAAGCUACAAGUACAAAGUGCAGCAGUCGUUUUUGAUGAUCAAGAAAACGCUGGCCUGGCGACGUUAUAAAAAGGUAGAAACCGCCGAUCCAGAUCUUAUUGGACGCUCCAAUACCAAUGGCAUGGUCUACAGGAAAGGAUAUGAUAAAGUGGGCAGACCAUUUGUAUAUUUUCGACCUAAAGAUGAAUCAGAUCAUAAUCGCGAUAACCAGGUGAUGCUAAUCUUUUUGGGCCUGGAACUGAGUACUCAAACUGCUCUAUGGUCACAGGGUAACGACAAAGUAAUUAUCAUUAUAGACCUGAACGAUUGGUCGCUUAGCUAUAUGCCCACUAUAGAACUAAUUAUAGACACUGUCAGGGCACUUUCUGAGCACUAUACCGACGUCAUGCACGAGAUUAUCAUCAUCGAUGCUCCCUUACUCAUGGACCCGCUGAUGCAGAUGAUCAAAGCAGUGUUGGACACCUCUACCGCAAAAAAAAUCAACAUGAAGCAUAGAGGAAGUCAAUUCGAAGCAAUGAUGAAGGAACGAAUGGACCCUUCUCAAUUAGAAGUAUCAAUGGGAGGGGAAAACAACACACUGUAUGACCAUAAGCUCUAUUGGAAACACGAAUCGGAGCAAGCUAGGAUCUAUAGGGAACGCAUUGAAGAAUGGGUAAAGUUGAACGAGCCCGAAUGGAUCAAAAAGCAUGAAUCACAAACAAAAACAGGAGAAAACGAGUAAUGCGUGCCAAGCAUAAAGGGCUUGCCGUCGAAGAUUCCUCCGCUGAAAUGGCGUAACUCUACACCCGAAAUACCUAGGCGUGGAGUAAAUAUAGAUGUUGUGUUUAUAAUGUAGCCAUUAAUUGAAAAUAAAAUGUACGGUUCAUCCUGGUUACGUCAGGUAAUGCACCACUAGAUAUACCGGAAUUGUAAUAUCGCACAUACCAG